AACGAGAUUACUGUAAAUAUAUAUAAAUUAUUCUAAAAACAGUACAUAAAUGAACUGUAACAUUAUAUAAUAGGAAUUAUUGUCUGCGUAAAAAAAGAAUAAACAUUAAGUAGUACUCUUUAGUGAAAUUACGUUAGUGACAGAAAUAAUGACAUGUUACUAAUAAUUUCAACCCAAGCCAGUUGGUAACAGUAAUAGUAGCAGAAGGCUUUCAAUAUUGACGCUUAUCGAAAAUCUUGUAAUCGUCGGGAGCUGAAAAAAUUUCGUUGUCAAAUUGGAAGUAAUUUUUAGAAAAUCUGUCACACUAUUGUUUACCUUAGAAACAAUGUCAGAUACGGCAAUAGAUGAAAGAGUAACAGAUGAAAUUGAAGCAUUAAAAGCAAUUUUACUCGACGAUGAGUUGAAUAUUAAAGAAAACGAAAGAGGUGAGCCAGAAUGUAUCGAGACUGUGUUAUUUCCUUCAACUGGUGAAGAUUCCCAAUCUCAAUAUGUUUGUGUAAUAUUAAUUGUUCAAUUACCUGUGGGAUAUCCUGAUGUAUCACCUAUUAUUAGUCUUAAAAAUCCUAGAGGAUUAGAUGAAGAAACAGUGAAGCUUAUGCAAGCUGAUGCAGAGGCAAAAUGUAAAAACUUCAUAGGGCAACCAGUUAUGUUUGAACUCAUCGAGUUAAUAAGAGAACAUCUUACAAGAAGUAAUCUUCCAACGGAUCAAUGUGCCAUAUGCUUGUAUGGUUUUCGAGAAAGAGAUGAAUUUACAAAAACAGAAUGUUAUCAUUAUUUUCAUUCGCAUUGUUUAGCAGCUCAUGUAGCAGCUGCAGAACGGUAUUAUAGAGAAGAACAAGAAAAAUUGCCACAAUGGCAACAAGAAACUAAAAACAAAUUUCAGGCUAUAUGUCCAGUGUGUCGAGAAUCAAUCAAUUGCGAUGUGGAGAGUCUUUGGUCAGCUCCACUUCCGAUUGACGUUGAAGCUGCAACAGAUUUUUCUGUUACCGCAGAACUGAAAGAGUUGCAGAAGCAAAUGGCAGCACUAUUUUUGAGACAACAACAGAGAGGUGGAAUAAUAGAUUUAGAAGCUGAAGGUGUAAAAUUGUUGGUAAGAACAGAAGAUGAAUCUGGAGGAACUACUGAAGAACUCAAUCCACCAGGAACAAGUAUAAAUACGUAUUCAAAUCAGAAUGUACAACCCGUUAAUCAAAUGUUACCACAACCAAGACAGCCUUUACAUCAGGCACAAAAUCAUGCUCAAUAUCAGUCACGUCAAUUACAUCAUGCUUACCAUGGACAUAACAAUCAUGGGCAUCGGAAUAGAGGUCGUGGACGAGGUCAUUAUCGCCGCCAGUUUGACAGGGUUAGGCAGACGGAAUCCACUCCCACAUGACAAUGGGUUCGAGAUAAAUUUUAUUAUCUGGUCUUCAAUUUCAUUAAGUGUACACAAAAAUGUUUAACAUUAGUAGUAUAAUUAUAAAUAUAUUAUAUAAUAAUUGUUCAAUUUCAAAUCACUUUCACGUGAUUAAAUUAUAGGUAUUAUCGUUCAGCAACAUUCCCGUUGUAACGGUGUAUAAAAUGAGGCAUGUUGAUACUACCAAGGACUGUUUGUGUAGACUGAAGCCAUGGUGCUCUUUUAAACGAUCCGCAGUCGUACAAAGUUGAUUCAUUUUUUUUAAUAUAGAUGUGUAUACAGAGCUGUAAGUACUAUAGCAAAUUAUAAACAAAAGAAAAAAAAUUCACAAUCAAAUACUAAACACUAAAAAUAUUUUGUACCAGUAAUUUAGAAUUUAACGAUGUAGAAACAUUUUAAAAAAUAACGUAUAUCAUUUAUAUUAUGUAUAUUUUAUGAUAAUUUUCGUGUGCGAUUUCAAUUUAUAAUACUCUUUUUCGUACUGUCACAUAUAUCAAUUGUCGACAAUAUUAUAGGUCGUGACAUGUAACAGAGCAAACAUGGAUCAGUAUUUAAACAGAUACUUACUUAUUCCUUCUAAAGGAAUGGAAUGUUUAACGCGUAUAUUUGGAGGUAAUAAAGUAAAGUAAAUCUUUAGAAAAAAUAUGUAAUACUAUUAUAUCUCAAGUUUAACAUAUGAAAUAUACCUUUCAAAAGUUGAGAACCUUGGUUUAAUGCAUGAAUCAACCACUACUUCUGAGAAAAUGUUUAAUUCAAGUAAUUCAAAAGUAGUAUUUUAUUAAAUCUAAAUACUUUUCUAAGUAGAUUGAUUUACAUAUAUAUACAUAUAUAUAUAUAUACAUAACAUCUCCAUUCUAUCAAUUUUAUUAUAUCGUUGAUUUUACAAUUUUUCUAUAUAUUUAAAAUCUGUAUAAACUUCAGUUCAACUUUACAUAACUAUCAAAAUACUUUUAAUGUUAAAUAUUUAUUGUAAA